AUGGUGGACAAGUUGGAAAAGUAUGCAAAUCACCUGGAGGACGUGGUGGAGGAGAGGACCAAUCAGCUUACAGUGGAGAAAACUCGUGCAGACAAGCUCCUCGCCAGCAUGUUGCCAAGAUAUAUUGCUGAACAGCUGAUGUCAGGGAAGUCAGUGGAGCCACAAAGCUAUGACUUGGUCACCAUCUUCUUUUCUGAUAUUGUCGGCUUCACUUCCAUGUGCUCAGUCAGCUCUGCGAUGGAAGUGGUAACAUUCCUCAACGACCUCUACAGUCUCUUUGAUGACAUCAUCAAGAUGUACGAUGUCUACAAAGUGGAAACAAUUGGUGAUGCAUACAUGGUGGCAAGUGGUCUGCCUAUCAGCAAUGGAAACUUGCAUGCUUUGGAGAUAUCCACAAUGGCGCUACAUUUCUUGAGAGGCAUAAAGGUGUUCAGAAUCCGUCACAUGCCAAAUGAGAGCCUUGCAAUUCGCACUGGGAUACACUCUGGUCCAGUGGUUGCUGGAGUGGUAGGGACCACCAUGCCUCGAUACUGCCUAUUUGGUGACACGGUGAACACAGCUUCUCGCAUGGAAAGCAACAGCUUACGUGAGUAA